AUGCGUCGUUCGUACAACACCAUGAAGGCUGCGCCGCUGCGCACAGAUCAAACCUCAACAGAUCAUGAAAGCCCUGGAAUUACCCAAGGCCAGAAUGAGUCCCCGGGCGUCGAAUAUCCUGAUGGGGGAACAAAGGCUUGGACGGCAGUAUUCGGCUGUUUCUGUGCAUUCUUUGGCGCAUUGUCCAUGAUGAACUCCAUUGGCGUCUAUCAAAAUUGGCUAUCGACCCAUCAGCUUGAAGGAUACAGCUCGGGAAGUAUCGGAUGGAUAUUCGGCCUCUACAACUUCUUGAGCUUCUUCACAGGAAUCCUCAUCGGUCCUCUUUUCGAUACCAAGGGCCCAAAGCCGCUCUCAAUCAGUGGAUCUGUCCUGCUCCUGUUGACCUAUGUCCUUCUGGGGUGGUGCACCAAGUACUGGCAUUUCAUGUUAUGCUUUGGUGUUCUGGGGAGCUUUUCGACCUGCCUCCUCUUUACCGCAGCCAUGGGGACUGUGCAGCACUGGUUCUUGAAGCGGCGCGGGCUGGCAACAGGACUUGCCAUCUGCGGCGGAAGCGUCGGUGGCAUCACGACACCGUUGGUUUUGAGCGCCUUGCUGCCCAAAAUCGGGUUCACAUGGGCCAUGAGAGCCUUGGCGCUUCUCAUGGUGCCUUUUGUAAUUUGCGCCAUUCUUCUCAUGCGCGGGAGACACCAAGACAUUUCCACCAUGCCGAAGAGCAUCUUACCCGAUAUCACUGUUCUGUGGGAGCCGAGGAAAGCGGUACUCACCGUCGGUGCCUUGUUCAUCGAGCUCGGGCUUUUUAUUCCGAUGACUUAUAUUGCCUCGUUCGCUACCAGCCAUGACAUGUCAUCAGAGGCCGCUUAUCGGACAGUCACCCUUAUGAAUGUCGGCUCGCUGAUCGGAAGAUGGCUGCCAGGAUGGUUAGGUGACAAGCUUGGGCGGUUCAAUAUGCUUAACAUCGCCCUGGCACUCUGUAUUGUGUCAAUAUUUGGCAUUUGGCUGCCACCAACGGGGGCAUCGCCUGCUGGGCUGACUGCCUUUGCAGUUAUUUUUGGAGUUGGUAGCGGAAGUGGGAUCAGCCUCCUUCCGGUCUGCAUUGGACAACUCUGCGAGACUGAGAAUUAUGGAAAGACGUUCACAGCGGUCUACAGUGUUGGAAGUAUCGGGUCUUUGAUCGGAGUGCCACUUGGCGGGCAGAUUUUGGAGGCGGCCAAGGGCGACUACAUGGGGUUAAUCAUCUUUUCAGGUGCCGCGUAUGUGGUCGCAUUUGGAAGUCUCACUGUAGUGAGGAUCAUGAGUGCAGGGGCAAAGGGUUCUACCAAGUUCUAG